AUGGUUUCACAUUUGCUCGACAUUCCAAGCAACCGUAUUACGGUGCGGGUCAAGCGCAUGGGCGGCGGAUUUGGCGGUAAGGAAUCAAGGGCGAUGAUGGUGUCCCUUCCUGUUUGUUUAGCCGCUUCCAAAUUGCGCAGACCUGUUCGACUAAUGCUUGAUAGAGACGAAGACAUGGCUAUAUCUGGCACGAGACAUCCAUUCCUUUGCAAAUAUAAAGCUUCUUAUAAUAAAGAUGGCAAGAUUACGGCGUGCGAUAUUAAAAUUUAUAAUAAUGGAGGUUAUUCCAUGGAUUUGUCUUGCUCGGUUCUUGAACGCGCUAUGUUCCAUUUUGAAAAUUCCUACUUCAUUCCUAUAGUUCGUGUCCAUGCCUGGGUGUGCCGUACAAAUUUACCUUCUAAUACAGCCUUGGGCUUCGGUGGCCCCCAAGGUAUGUUUGCAGGUGAACAUAUAGUGCGUCAGGUGGCCCAUGCGUUACGCCGUGAUUAUAUUGAGGUAAUGCGCUUGAACCUCUACACUGAAAAGCAACUAACUCAUUACAACCAAUGCCGGAACUGCAGAUUACAAAUGUGCUGGGAUGAAUGUCUCAAAAACGCGAAUUUUGAUCGAAGGCGAUCCCAAAUCGCCGAAUUUAACAAAAUGAACCGCUGGAGAAAACGUGGCAUUAGUGUUGUACCAACUAAGUUUGGUAUUGCUUUCACAGCAUUAUUUAAUCAAGCUGGUGCGUUGUUACAUGUUUAUAAAGAUGGGUCCGUACUCCUUUCUCACGGUGGAACAGAAAUGGGCCAAGGGUUACAUACAAAGAUGAUACAAGUUGCUGCACGGGCUUUAGAUAUUUCACCAGAUUUGAUACAUAUUUCUGAAACUUCAACCGACAAAGUUCCCAAUACAUCAGCCACAGCUGCUAGCGCUGGAUCAGAUCUUAAUGGGAUGGCUGUUUUAGACGCUUGUAACAAAAUUAACGAUCGUUUAUCCGUUUAUAAAAAAUCCAUGCCCGAUAAAGAUUGGUUCGCUUGGAUAGCACAAGCAUACAUGGAUCGAGUAGGGCUUUCAGCAACUGGCUUCUACGCGACCCCAAAUAUUGGUUAUGAUUUUGCGACCAAUUCAGGAAAUCCCUUCAACUAUUUUACAUAUGGAGUGGCUUGCAGUGAAGUAGAAAUUGAUUGCCUGACAGGUGACCAUCAGGUGGUUCGUACAGAUAUCGUGAUGGAUUUGGGAUCGAGUAUCAAUCCUGCGAUUGAUAUCGGUCAAGUUGAAGGAGGUUUUAUGCAAGGGUAUGGAUUAUUCACUAUCGAAGAGAUGAUCUAUUCCCCGCAAGGUAUGGUGAUGUCAAGAGGACCUGGUGUUUAUAAGUUGCCUGGUUUUGGAGAUAUUCCAACAGUGUUUAACGUAUCGCUUCUGAAAGGAGCUCCGAACCCUAGGGCUGUAUAUUCUUCAAAGGCUGUUGGAGAGCCUCCUCUAUUUUUGGCGUCUUCCAUAUUCUUUGCCAUAAAAGAAGCUAUUUCAGCUGCUCGAAGUGAUUCUGGUUUGAACGAAUAUUUCUAUUUAGAAUCUCCUGCAACUGCAGCAAGAAUACGCAUGGCUUGUCAAGAUAACAUAACUCGCAAGUUUGUAGCAGCAAAGGAGGGUUCGUUUACACCUUGGAACGUUGUGCCAUAAAUAUAAAAGUAACAAAAAUUUAAAUUUUAUUUAGAACGUGGUAUAUACGUAGUCAAA